AUGCUCUCUCGAAAUAUUCGCGCCACUCAAAAUAUCUUUUUGGGUGAAUUCCGGCAGGACAGGACCAGUUUGCUCCGCGUCAUCCCUAGCCUACUAAACUUCAAAUGCGACAAGCAUGAGAUAAAAUACAAGCCAUACGUUCCACCAGCCUUCCAAGAUCAUGAUCAUAAGAAUAUGAAGUUGAAACGGCCUAUGUCUCCCCAUGUCACCAUGUAUGCUCCAACCUUGCCUGCGAUGACUUCGAUAGCGCAAAGAGCCACUGGUGCCAUCGUAACUUUCUACGCGUUAGGUCUCGCCUGGGGCUCCCUGUUCCUCUCCAACGGCAUCGAGACGUACGUGUCUGUUAUACAGAGUCUUAACUUAGGCGCCAUGAUGGUAUUCAUACUCAAAAUAUUGUUGGGAGCACCUUUCGCUUUCCAUUACUUCAAUGCGUUUCGCUACGUCAUAUGGAACACCGCGAGAUGGUUGGACCUUAAGAAGGUUUAUGAGACCAGCAAACAAUCCAUGGCAGCUGCUGCAGUCAUGACACUUCUGUUUGCCAUCAUUUAA